AUGGAGUACUUAAAGUUCUCAACAAAGCCGUCAGGCGAGCACAAAGAUAAGCAUCAUAUAAUCAUUGUAGGAGCAGGGAUAAUAGGAGUGUGUACUGCCUAUUAUCUAACAGCACAUCCCAAAUAUGAUCCUAAAAAGUAUCAUAUCACCAUUAUUGAGAGUAAACGUGUAGCCGGAGGAGCCAGUGGGAAGGCUGGUGGAUUAUUGGCGCUUUGGGCGUUCCCUCAGCAGAUCGUGCCCUUGUCAUUUGAUCUCCACCAGACGCUAAGCAAUAAAUACAACGGUGAAAAGGAAUGGGGAUAUAGACGUCUCACCACUGUGUCGUUGGAGGGAGACUUGAGUGGGGUACAAGAUUCCGAAUCUGACUACUCUUCAGAAGAUGAAGAGGAAGACCAAGGGGAGGCGGCAAUCACACAGCAUCGUGCAACAAAAGGUGAUCAUUUAGAUGGUUCUCCUUCAUCCACCUUGACCACACCUUCCGCAUCUAAAUCAUCGAUCUCUUCCACGAACUCAACGUCGUCAUCAUCAGCAUGGUCUGCUGCAUCGUCAUCUUCGAAUACAAACAACAAUAUAGAUCCACACCCCAAGAGCAAGGAACAAUUAAUAGAGGAAUCUUACACGCAUAUCGUAGAUAAUCAGGACAGUGACUCAUCAGCUGAGAAACCCCCCAAGAAAACCGCUAGGAACACCCGUUCCCUGACAAGAAGGAGUAAUUCCAGUGCUUCUCAAAAGAACAAGCUCCCCUCAGAUCUCAAAUGGAUUAAUUCAAGCUUAAUCGACUCCUGUGCAUCACUUGGAGGAACUGAUACCACGGCACAAGUGCUACCAUAUAAAUUUACGAAUUUCAUGUUGAAGAAGGCGGUGGAGUACAGUCAGGGGUCCAUAGAAUUGAUUAUAGGGAAAGUUGAAGAAAUUAAAUAUUCUAUGGAAACAGGACAGGCAACAGGUGUGAUAUAUAAGCCUUCAUCAUCGAAGGCGGCUACUGUUGACACAGUGAACGAGCGGAUCGAACUAGGAGGUGAUCAGAUUGUAUUGUCAGUAGGGCCCUGGACUUCUAAGAUUUUACCUGAUUGCCCUAUUUCUGGAUUAAGAGCACACUCCAUUACAGUGGCUCCAUUCAAAGAUCAACCAGUCUCGCCUUAUGCUAUUUUCACAGAGUUGAAAACUGGACCUACGACGUAUAUUUCACCUGAAAUAUACGCUAGACAUGAUGAAGUUUACGUAUGUGGAGAGGGUGAUUCGGCAGUGGACGUUCCAGAGACUACAGAUGAUGUGGAAGUUGUGAAGUCCAAAUGUGAUGAAUUAUUCAGACAGGUUGGUAAGGUAUCACCAAAUUUGAAGAGGGGCCACAUUUUGAAGAGACAGGCAUGUUAUUUGCCGGUACUUGAUGUACCUUCUUCAUCUGGUCCAUUAAUUGGUGAAACCAAUGUUGAGAAUUUAUUUUUAUGUUCUGGACAUUCAUGUUGGGGGAUCAACAAUGCUCCAGGGACCGGGAAAAUUAUGAGUGAAUUGUUACUUGAUGGAGUUUGUACAUCGGCUGAUAUUUCAGGAUUAGAUCCUUCGUUGUACUUUGACGCAAGUGUCUUAGUAAGCGAUGAUGAGGAUGAUGAAUCCAGUUCAGAAACGGGGGAUACAGACAGCGAGUGGUCCAGGCAUUAG